AAAAGUUAUCAGUAACUGAAAUUACUUCGAUUCUAUACCAAGUGACACUUUUAAAUCAUUCAAAAUGAAGUGCGUUGUUUACUUAUUAGCACUGACACUCGCUUUUCUGUUUUUUGAACAAACUCUGGCCCAGUGCCCGAAUGCACCACGGAUCCGUAGCUGUAGAGCUGCAGUGGAUAGCGGUAGUGGAGGUCCAGGAUGCAUACCUGGUGUAAGGUGGUACUACAACCGGCAAAGUAGAAGUUGCAUCAGCUUCCGUUAUAUUGGCUGUGGUGGCAAUGCGAACCGUUACUGUUCACUUGCAGCCUGUCAAAAAAGAUGUGUACCACGUCCAUAGGACUAUUAGUGGCGAGUUAUGUAUUGAACUUGUUUUUACAAGUAUAUUCGCAUAUAUAGAUAAAUACAUGUUCUUGUUUAUAUACACCAGAAUAGUGAAAGAUAUAAUCAGUUUGCAGAAAUAAACCCGUUUGAAUCUUUAUUUAAUUUAA